AGUGAGCUUGAGCGUUAUGAGCGCGAACCAAUCACGCUCAAUGCGGGCGAGCGCGUGACUGAUCUCGUUCGCUUCUGGAAGCGCAUGGAAAAAGUCUAUCCAUAGUACUUUUCUGCGUUGCUAUGGAUGUCCUUCCAGCUCAGGCAUCCUUUGUGCCGCGCGAACGUCUAUUUUCAUCAAGUAAAGAAACAUGCACACCCCGUCGAAGCAGAAUUUCACCACGAGUAACGAAAGCAACCCAGAUUCUCAAGUUUUCUUACAGACAGGAGAGACGGUCCACAAUCAUGCAUCAUUUUGGACCCUCGCAUCACUCGGAUCUCCAGAGGCUCGCUCGAAAAGCUUGGAAUUAUCAUUAACGAAUCAUCCUUCUCCUCAGCCCCGGACGAUCACGUACGAUCACGUAUUAUGCUUCGGUUUCCUUUACUACAUAAGCGCGCAUCAUACAUGGGAAUGGAAAUUAAACUAUCCUCCUGCAUGGAGAUUUGUAGGCCAACACAUGCGAUGGACCGCAAGCAUGUAAACGAUUGCCGAUGUACAUGCCCGACGCGCUA